AUGGAGGGGAGACGAUGGGCGGGAAGGCUGUUGAUGUGGAUGAUGAUGGUUGCCGCCUUCACCACAGCAGAUGAGAGGAGGCAGGGUAGCGAUGGCUCUCCUCCCUUCCUCGUCGACAUGGAGCAGCACCUUAACUCUCAGCUCGCCAAGAUGAUCAACAGACCAGGAGUCGCCGUUGAACGCCCUGCGCCCCCUGGCAAUGACGUCGCGGCUGCAGAGGUCUUGAGAGAUGAGGGGAGGGAUCGACAUCUGGAGGAGAGCUGGAGAAGCGUCGAAGAAGAGCUAGCUUGGGAGUAUGAACGGACUCAAUCCGCUCUUAGAAUGCGAGCGGCGAGUGAGGAGGCAAAUGGUAGGAGCUCGUGGCUCACAGCCGAUGUUCAAUGCCUUGUCGCCCGGCACACGAAUAGCACGAGUCAGAUGCGCAUUCUCGAAUGGUUGUGCUCCAGUUGGGGAGCCAACCAUGAUUGCUCGGGAAUCAUGCCUGGGGGACCGCAUAACCUUCAAGUGGGGCCCAACCUCACAGACGAAGUCCUCAAACAUCAUCUCGAGUGGGCCUUGUCGUCCUACCAUGAGACGAAGAUACAUGAAGCAUAUCCGUACCAGACUUGCUGGUUCCACUGCUUUGUAUACCUCAAUCCGCCUCCUCUCAACUUCUUCUUCCUCGGAAUCAAGCCAAACAAGGAUGGGAUCACCAAUGAAGGAUUCUUCUCUCAGAAUGGUUUUCGGGUUUGUGAGGACGGGGGAACGGAGAGGAGGAUUUCAAUUCGCUCCAAUCAGACCAUUGAGCUAGCGUCUGAAAGUCUUACAGCUGUUCGCAACGGUUGA